AUGCUUGGACGUGAGAAUCCUGACACGCUUACUAGUGUCGAUAACCUUGGCUUAGUUCUCUCUAGGCAAGGGAAAUAUGAUGAGGCGGAAGCGAUACACCGACGGGCAUUAGAAGCACGAGAGAAGGUACUUAGACGGAAAUAUGACGAGGCGGAAGCGAUAUACCGACGGGCGUUAGAAGCACGAGAGGAGGUACUUAGACGUAAGUAUCCUAAUACGCUUACUAGUAUUAGUAAGCUUGGUAAUAUUCUCUCUAGCCAAGGGAAUUAUGAUAAGGCGGAAGCGAUAUACCGACGGGCACUAGAAGGAUAUAAAGAGGUGCUUAGACGGAAAUAUAACGAGGCGGAAGCGAUAUACCGACGGGCGUUAGAAGCACGAGAGAAUAUACUUAGCCGGAAAUAUGACGAGGCGGAAGCGAUAUACCGACGGGCGUUAGAAGUACGAGAGAAUUUCCUUAGCCGGAAAUAUAACGAGGCGGAAGUAAUAUACCGACGAGACCUAGAAGGUAGUGAGAAAGUACUUAGACGGAAAUAUAACGAGGCGGAAGCGAUAUACCGACGGGUACUAGAAGGAUAUAAAGAGGUACUUAGACGGAAAUAUAAUAAGGCGGAAGCGAUAUACCGACGGGCGUUAGAAGUACGAGAGAAUAUGCUUAGCUGGAAAUAUGACGAGGCGGAAGCGAUAUACCGACGGGCGUUAGAAGUACGAGAGAAUAUGCUUAGCUGGAAAUAUAACGAGGCGGAAGCGAUAUACCGACGGGUACUAGAAGGAUAUAAAGAGGUACUUAGACGGAAAUAUAACAAGGCGGAAGCGAUAUACCGACGGGCGUUAGAAGUACGAGAGAAUAUGCUUAGCUGUAAGUAUCCUAAUACGCUUACUAGUAUUAGUAACCUUAGCUUAGUUCUCUCUAGCCAAGGGAAAUAUGACGAGGCGGAAGCGAUAUACCGACGGGUACUAGAAGGAUAUAAAGAGGUACUUAGACGGAAAUAUGACGAGGCGGAAGCGAUAUACCGACGGGCGUUAGAAGCACGAGAGAAGGUGCUUAGACGGAAAUAUAACGAGGCGGAAGCGAUAUAUCGACGAGAUCUAGAAGGUAGUAAGAAAGUACUUAGACGGAAAUAUAACGAGGCGGAAGCGAUAUACCGACGGGUAUUAGAAGCACGAGAGAAUAUACUUAGACGGAAAUAUAACGAGGCGGAAGCGAUAUACCGACGAGAUCUAGAAGGUAGUGAGAAAGUGCUUAGACGGAAAUAUGACGAGGCGGAAGCGAUAUACCGACGAGACCUAGAAGGUAGUAAGAAAGUGCUUAGACGGAAAUAUGACGAGGCGGAAGCGAUAUACCGACGGGCGUUAGAAGCACGAGAGAAUUUCCUUAGCCAAGCACGAGAGAAUUUCCUUAGCCGUAAGCAUCCUAACACGCUUACUAGUAUUAAUAACCUUGGCAAUAUUCUCUCUAGCCAAGGGAAAUAUAACGAGGCGGAAGCGAUAUACCGACGGGUACUAGAAGGAUAUAAAGAGGUACUUAGACGGAAAUAUAACAAGGCGGAAGCGAUAUACCGACGGGCGUUAGAAGUACGAGAGAAUAUGCUUAGCUGUAAGCAUCCUAAUACGCUUAUUAGUAUCGAUAACCUUAGCUUAGUUCUCUCUAGCCAAGGGAAAUAUGACGAGGCGGAAGCGAUAUACCGACGGGCAUAUAAGUAUCCUAAUACGCUUACUAGUAUUAGUAACCUUAGCUUAGUUCUCUCUAGCCAAGGGAAAUAUGACGAGGCGGAAGCGAUAUACCGACGGGUACUAGAAGGAUAUAAAGAGGUACUUAGACGGAAAUAUGACGAGGCGGAAGCGAUAUACCGACGGGCGUUAGAAGCACGAGAGAAGGUGCUUAGACGGAAAUAUAACGAGGCGGAAGCGAUAUAUCGACGAGAUCUAGAAGGUAGUAAGAAAGUACUUAGACGGAAAUAUAACGAGGCGGAAGCGAUAUACCGACGGGUAUUAGAAGCACGAGAGAAUAUACUUAGACGGAAAUAUAACGAGGCGGAAGCGAUAUACCGACGAGAUCUAGAAGGUAGUGAGAAAGUGCUUAGACGGAAAUAUGACGAGGCGGAAGCGAUAUACCGACGAGACCUAGAAGGUAGUAAGAAAGUGCUUAGACGGAAAUAUGACGAGGCGGAAGCGAUAUACCGACGGGCGUUAGAAGCACGAGAGAAUUUCCUUAGCCGUGAGCAUCCUAAUACGCUUAUUAGUUUCUUUCUAGCUAAGGGAAAUAUAACGAGGCGGAAGCGAUAUACCGAUAGGCGGAAAUAUAACGAGGCGGAAGCGAUAUACCGACGGGUACUAGAAGGAUAUAAAGAGGUGCUUAGACUGUCGAUAACCUUAGCAAUAUUCUCUCUAGCUAAGGGAAAUAUAACGAGGCGGAAGCGAUAUACUGACGGGCUGCUCUCUAGCCAAGGGAAAUAUGACGAGGCGGAAGCGAUAUACCGACGGGCACUAGAAGGAUAUAAAGAGGUACUUAGAUAUAAGCAUCCCUCUACGCUUAUUAGUGUACUAGAAGGAUAUAAAGAGGUGCUUAGACGUAAGCAUCCUAACACGCUCACUAGUAUCGAUAACCUUAGUAAUAUUCUCUCCAGCCAAGGGAAAUAUAACGAGGCGGAAGCGAUACACCGACGGGUAUUAGAAGCACAAGAGAAUAUACUUAGACGUGAGCAUCCUAAUACGUUUAUUAGUGCUAGUAACCUUGGCUUAGUACUCUCCAGCCAAGGGAAAUAUAACGAGGCGGAAGCGAUAUACCGACGGGCGUUAGAAGCACGAGAGAAUGUCCUUAGAUCUAAGGAAAAUAUAACGAGGCGGAAGCGAUAUACCGACGAGACCUAG